AACUCAAAUCGCCUCCCUCCCCUCCACCAAAAUUCUCGAAAAACCCUAAACUACUCUCCGAUUCGCGACGCAUACGGCGGCGUUCUUCUCCUAAUAAGAAGAAGGUUUCUCGAUUUUGGAGGGAUAAUGAGUGCCAUCAACAUCACCAACGUCACCGCCUUGGAUAAUCCAGCGCCGUUUGUUAGCCCCUUUCAGUUCGAGAUCUCUUACGAGUGCCUAACUUCUCUCAAAGACGAUUUGGAGUGGAAGCUGAUCUACGUAGGCUCAGCAGAAGAUGAGACUUAUGAUCAAACUCUAGAGAGUGUCCUUGUUGGGCCUGUUAAUGUUGGCAACUACCGUUUUGUCUUGCAGGCUGAUCCUCCGGAUCCAUCGAAGAUCCGGGAGGAAGACAUCAUAGGUGUGACGGUGCUGUUGUUGACAUGUUCUUACAUGGGUCAAGAGUUUUUGAGAGUUGGAUACUACGUGAACAAUGACUACGAAGAUGAGCAACUCAGGGAAGAGCCUCCAACUAAGGUUUUGAUUGAUAAGGUUCAGAGGAACAUACUCUCCGACAAGCCUAGAGUUACUAAGUUCCCUAUAAAUUUUCAUCCAGAAGACGACCAAACUGCUACCACCGCUCCUCCUCCUCCUGAACCGUCUGAUGAACAACAACCUGAUGUCAAUGACGAAUCUCAAGUUUCACCUGACCAGCCACCAAAACCACAGGAGUCUCCCCAGGAAUCAUGAUUGGAUGAGAAGGAUCGUGUCCUUGUCCCCAAUGAUGUUGGGUUUUGCUUCUCUAUCUCCAAACACUAUCUGCAAUUUUGUUGUACUUGUUUGUAAGAGGCUUUAGGGAAGUGGUUCUUGACAUGUUUGAAUGUUUUUGUUAUUGGGGCAAAGAUUUAGGAGAAGCAAAGCCCACAUUUCGAAAACAAGAUAAAUGUUCUGAAGAUAUGCAGUCUACUUGUUAGAUUGUGUUUGAAUUUAACCUGAAGGACUUUCCAUUUCAAGAUAGGUCUUCACUGGUCUGAAAAGCCCAUCAACAAUUGUUAAUGAAUGAUUUGAGAGAGCAAUUAGAAGCGGCAAUUACUCUCUUAAAUGCUAGUC